CCUGACAGUAAGAGGCGAGGAAGGACAGAGUGAUGAAGUUUUAUUUUUCAGUUCCCACGGGUCUGUGAGCUGCUCACCGCGCUGUCACCACCUCUCAAACUCACCUGCUGUAAAACACAAAGCUGUAGCGUGUUAACUUUCCCUCGCCUUACACUCCUGCCAUCAUGCGCAUUACUGCACCAAUCCAGGCACUAAAAAGGACCAGAAUCCACCCAAUGCACCUUUAUAAGUCGAGCUGCGCACGUUCACUUUCCACUUCAGACAGCAAGGUGACCAAACAACAACCUUGAACCGCGAAUUCACUUCAACGUAACAAACCUGGGGAUUGUUUUUCCCUUCAACUUUUUUUAAUCUUCUUGUGUUAUUGUAUAAUCGUUUCCUGAGAAAGAUGCGCGCUCUUGGUUUGAUCACGUUCAUGGCUCUGGCUGCUUCUCUUUGCGCGCUCCCGCGGCACUUCAUCCAGGAUCUUCCCAAGCGAGCGGCGGGUUCUGAUCUCGAGUUCUCUGGUAACGGAGCAGACGAACCGGUUAGGGGAUCAGUACGAGUGGUUAAAGUGAGUCCACACUUUCUGCGCCAUUCCCCGGGUCUGCUCGGGAAACCCACACAGAAGCGAUCCCCGUUUCCAGCCUUCCUGAACCUGGGUCGCCCCGAACCUUCUGUGCACGCGCGCGCACCUGCAGCGUCACUCUCUCACAUGAGCGCAGGCUACACCGGCGUCGACGUCAGGAAGAGACAAGGUCUGGAGAUGUGGCAGAGGGUGAUGCAAAAAAGCGAGCCGAGAAAAGAGAUCCUGUCUCUGCCAUUUAACUCCAAAGAUGCGGAAACGCAGAGCUGUGCGGCGCUGCCUUUCACCCAGCGGAUAACGGAGGAGGGCUGUGAGUCUAUCACCGUUCCCAAUAAACUGUGUUUCGGUCAGUGCAGCUCAAUGUUCGUGCCGCCUAACGGAGGAUCCAACCUGCACCGCGGAGGUCCGUCCUGCUCGCGCUGUGGGCCGUCCAGAGCGCGCACCGUGCACGUGCCCAUGCGCUGCGGGUUGCAGGUCCGAGAAAAGAUCGUGAUGUUGGUGGAGGAGUGCAAGUGUGAAACCGGAAGAGAGGAACAGAAAUCUGAUAACUUGGGCAUGCAUUUAUAACCAGCAAUGUGUGUAAGAGAGAGAGAGAGAGAGAGAGAGAGAGAGAGAGAGAGAGAGAGAGAGAGAGAGAGAGAGAGAGAGAGAGAGAGAGAGAGAGAGAGAGAGAGAGAGAGAGAGAGAGAUAUGACAGAUGACAAGAGCGCUUAUUCGCAGAAUUCUACCUCGAGAGAACCAUAGUAGGUUUUUUUGAUCGUUUUUUUUUUCAGUUUGAUUUUCCAAACUGAAUCUUUAUCCAAACGACCGCUUGAUUAUUCCAGCGGAAUAUUUUACUGACAUGUCAUUGCACGUUUGUACCGAGUGGUGUCGCUGUUGCAUUCUUGUACCUGACAGAGAACCAUAAAGCAACUUAGUUUUGUUUAA